AUGGAAAAGAAAUCGUCAACACCAGCCCGAAAAAGAGGUGUAGGAUGGGACGAAGCGAAUAUGGAGGCAGCCAUUCUGACUGUAGGGAUUUAUCCUUUUAACCCCGAUGCCAUUCCCGCAACGGCGUUCGCUCCAUCUAUCCUGACGCAACGUUUACUGCCCGACACCAAUAGGCCAGAAGACGUCGACCAGCAACCCUCAACGUCCAAGGGUGUCGGAAAAUAUUUAUUUGCAGGACAAAAAGAAAAUGCCACCUCACACAUAGUGGAUUCAUCUGAUUCCGAAGAUGACUUGCCACUUCAAGAGUUACAAAAACGGAUUCACUAUCGUUCUAGAACGUCUUUCCAAAAACUUCUGGCGACACCAGAUAUGAAGCAAGCGGUUACUGUUAAACUACCACGGAAAAAAGCAAUGAACUACAAAGCACAGACAAUUACUAAGGACUUGUUCCAGCAAAAUCCAUCGAGCUCAAGAAUUGUUCCAGAUCAAGUUGCAGAUUGGUAUUGUCCAGCUUGCAAAGAAAAUCGUUUAUCAGACAUGAGACAGUGCAUGAAAUGCCAAGUCUGGUACCAUGAGGAGUGUGUUGGUCUGACAGAAAGCGAUUUAAUUUUUGAAUGCCCCGAGUGUUAG